AUGCAUUUCUGCAAGACCCUGGUCGCGGCCCUUUCGGUCUCGGCCGUUUCCACUGCAAUUGUGUUUGAUGGGGCGCCAGAUGUAAACAGCAGUGCGGUGCAGAAGCACCUUCAGGAUCGGUCGGCAUUGAUCACGUUGGAGAAGCGACAGCGACAGGAUUACGCCUUUCGGCAGAACCUCUCUGCAGUCGCUCGACAGGCAGAUGCAAUUGUCGACGCGAUCCGUCAGCAUGAGAUCGACAGUUUCUGGAGGGUGCCAGGGACGGUGGAGGAUGAAGACAAGGAAAGGUUUGCGGGCGAGAUGUUUCCCAAGGCCAAGCCGCUCAUCCCCGACACACAACUCUGGAAGAUCGUGAAGCGGAUGCCCAAGGGCGCUCUUCUGCAUGCCCAUCUGGCCUCGAUGCUUCCGUAUGAGAUUCUACUCGAUGCUGUCAUGAAGACGGAGGGGAUGGUCGUCACCGUGUCGCAGCCGGUCACGAAUGAAAUCGAGCAGAAGAAUGCGACCAUCGCCUUCGCCCACGUCAACCACACAAUUGCCGCCUCAGGGCCAGCAAUUGACUCCACAGACUACGUACCCAACACUCAGCUUCCGGUUAAGUACGCCGCUCAGUCAUUUACCGGGGGAAGCCAAGCUUUCGCCGACUUCGUCUUGUCUAAGCUCGAGCUCCAGCCUGAGGAUUCCAUUCGGCACGACCUUGGCGUCGACCAGAUUUGGAGGAUCUUCCAGGCUGCGUUCACGCCGGCUGACAGUAUGAUGUCGUACGAGCCUAUUUUACGGACAUUCUACCAGCAGCUCUUUGCAGCUCUGAUCGACGACGGCAUCAACUGGGUGGAAAUUCGUGCCAGCGCAUCCUCGGGGAUUCUGGUCCACCAAGGUGACGAGGAUGCCGACCCGAAUCUCGAUGUGUACUGGCAGGUAAUGGUGGAGGAACUGGCGAAGUUCAAGCAGAGCGACAAAGGGAAGGAUUUCUGGGGCGCCCGUGUGAUUUGGUCGGACAUCCGAAGCGAGGAUCGUGCUUCGCUCACAAGCAGCAUGAAGGUUGCUCUCGGGAGAAAGGCCAAGUUCCCUGAGCUUAUCAGCGGAUACGACUUGGUAGGCCAGGAAGAUCUUGGCCGCCCCUUGUCCGAUGUGGCUCCGGAAUUGGUCUGGUUUCGUGAACAGGCCGAGCGAUUGAACCUCACGAUACCUUUCUUCUUCCAUGCUGGAGAGACCCUUGGAGAUGGUAACUCAACCGACUACAACCUGGUUGAUGCGAUCCUGUUCAACACCCGACGGAUCGGCCAUGGGUUCAGUCUGUACAAGCAUCCUCAACUUAUCGAUGAGGUGAUCACCAACUCGAUCAUGGUUGAAGUUUGUCCUAUCUCGAAUGAGGUUCUCCGCCUUGCGACCGACGUUCUCCAUCACCCGUUGCCUGCGAUGAUUGCCCAUGGCAUUGCUACUGCCAUCAGCAACGACGACCCCGCAAUGCUUGGCCAAGAUGCGGCCGGGCUAAGCUAUGACUUUUAUCAAACCAUACAAGGGUUCGACAACAUUGGACUGGCUGGACUGGGAGCCCUUGCUCAAAAUAGUCUUCGAUGGGCCAACUUCGAGGACCAGUCGGAUGGCGACUGGGUCCGAGACAUCGAUCUCGGAGAACGUGGCACCGGCAUCAAAGCGCAAUAUAUGCAAGUGUGGAACCAACAAUGGGAGGAUUUCUGUCAAUGGAUUGUCAACGAGUAUGGCAACGAGUGGCAGAACGCGACGAUGGGAAUGACUACCGCAUGA